UUUAUUAUAUUUAUAAGGCAUUUGCUAGGACACUAUUGGACACUUGGACUUGUAAAAACUUAAAUAAGAAAAUUCUUGGGACGGAGUACCAAAUAUCCUAAAUUCUAACUUACACAUCAAGUGUUGUAGCUUCAUAUGAAUUCGAUGAGCGUGCUUUCAAAGUUGCCAACCAAUCUUCCACCCCAUUUAAGUCUCAAAUUCAUCAAAAUAUAUUUAAACUCAGGUGACUUACUACGUGCCCGCCAGCUGUUUGAUAAAAUUCUCCAACCAGAUAUACAUUCAUGUACUGUCCUGAUUAAUGCUUAUACAAAACAGGGUCAUGCUAAGGAAGCUUUGAACUUGUAUUCUGAGCUGAGGGCGAGAGAUAUUCAGCCUGAUAAGUUGGCACUUUUGUCUGUUGUCAAGGCUUGUGCUUCUUUAAGUGAGGUUACUAAAGCUAAAGAGAUUGGUAAUGACGUUAAGCGGUUUGGUUUUCACGGUGAUUUGUUUCUUGGGAAUGCUUUGAUUGAUAUGUUUGGGAAAUGUAGGUACAUUGAUGGUGCUAAGGAUGUUUUUAGCUCUUUGCAGGUUAGAGAUGUGAUUUCUUGGACUUCGUUGUGUUCUUGUUAUUUUAAUUGUGGAAUGUUGAGGGAAGGUUUCCGGGUAUUUCGGGAGAUGGGUUCGGAUGGUGUGAGAGCUAAUAGUGUUUCGGUGUCUUCUGUCCUUCCUGUUUGUUCGAGGUUGAAGGAUCUGAAUGCUGGAAGAGAGGUUCAUGGAUAUGUGAUGAAGAAUGGAAUGGAGGAGAAUGUUUUUGUGAGUAGUGCGCUUGUGGACAUGUAUGCUAGUUGUUUAUGUAUUGAUAAAGCGCGAUUGGUGUUUGAGAAUAUGAGUCGGAGGGAUAUUGUAUCAUGGAAUGUGAUCUUAACAGCUUACUUUGGAAAUGGAGAAUUUGAUAAGGCCUUUACUACGUUUAGUCGAAUGAGAAACGAAGGAAUCAGACUGAAUUAUGCUUCCUGGAAUGCUAUAAUUGGUGGAUGCGUCCAAAAUGGGAGAACAGAGCAAGCACUUGAGAUAGCUAUUCAAAUGCAAAAAUCAGGAUUGAAGCCGAAUCAUAUUACAAUUACUAGCGUGCUACCUGCUUGUACUCAUUUAGAAAGCUUAAGGAGUGGAAAGGAGAUCCAUGGGUUUAUGUUUAGGCACUGGUUCCUUGAUGACAUAACAGCAACAACUGCUCUAGUAUAUAUGUAUGCGAAGUGUGGUGAAUUGCAACGUUCAUGUAGAGUUUUCCAAAUGAUGCCAGUAAAGGAUACGAUUGCCUGGAACACAAUUAUAAUGGCCAAUUCGAUGCAUGGAAAUGGGGAGGAAGCCUUGUUGUUGUUCCAUAAAAUGGUGAAGUUAGGUAUACAAACUAAUUCUGUUACUUUUACUGCUGUUCUUUGUGGAUGCAGCCACUCACGGCUUGUAGAUGAGGGAAUCUCGACUUUCUAUUCAAUGAAAAUUGAUCACGACAUCGAACCUGAUUCUGAACACUAUUCCUGCAUGGUUGAUGUUCUAAGUCGAGGUGGUCGGCUUGAAGAGGCAUAUCGUUUCAUCCAAGAAAUGCCAAUAGAACCAAGUGCUGCUGCUUGGGGAGCCUUGCUUGGUGCAUGCCGAAUAUAUAAGAAUGUAGAUCUGGGACAAAUUGCAGCGAAAAGACUUUUUGAGAUCGAACCUGACAACCCUGGAAAUUUUGUGUUAUUAUCGAAUAUCUUUGUUGCUGCAAAGCUUUGGAGAGAGGCCGCUGAGGUCAGGAAAUCUAUGAGAGACAAAGGUGUCAAGAAAGUGCCAGGUUGUAGUUGGGUUCAGGUGAAAAACAAAGUGCAUAACUUUGUUGUUGGUGAUAUCAGCAACUACGACAGUGCUGAAAUCUAUAGGUUUUUAGAUGAUAUGGGUCAAAAGAUGAAGUUAGCGGGGUAUCUGCCUGACACUGAAUUUGUUCUACAGGAUCUAGAUCAAGAGGAAAAGGAGGAUAGUUUGUGCAAUCACUGUGAGAGACUUGCUGUUGCUUAUGCAAUACUCAAUUUGAACGGGGAGUCGUCAGUUAGGGUAUUUAAGAACUUGCGAAUAUGUGGCGAUUGCCAUAAUGCUAUUAAAUUUAUUGCAAAGAUUGUCGGUGUACAAAUUGUUGUGAGAGAUUCUUUAAGGUUUCAUCAUUUUAAAGAUGGAACUUGUUCCUGCAAAGACUUUUGGUAAGAUCGACUUUAAUAA